AUGUACCAAGACAGACAAAACUUACCAUCACAUCUAAAAGGUAUAUAUGUUCAUAAGUUCCUAGUUAGUUCAAUAGCAAUGUGGGCUUCACCUCGUUAUGCAAUCUACAUACUUAUGCUACUUGACGAACUUUGUACAAAGCAGAGAGAAGAUAUGAUGAAAGAAGACAAAAGCAUUCAGAAAAGAAUACCACGUUCGGUACCAAAAGGAAAGGAAAAGAACUAUAAGUAUAUGAUUUAUACUGAAGAGAUGGAAAAUGAAGAAGACAGAGAUAUGGUUAUGUUGCAUUUAGUCAGAAGAAACAACAAAAGCUUUUACGACCUUGCUAAGAUUUACAAAUCUGACAGAAAUUGGUUCUAUCGCGAAAACUUACCGAUUUCAAUGACCCCAAAUGAAGAUGUUAAACAGAUAGUUCAAGAUACGUUACCUCAAACACACUAUGAUAUGAAAGGUUGUACAAUACUUACCUUCAAAGAAGAUUUGCCAUUGUUAAAGGAAAAAAUAACAGAGUAUUUUGACAACUUCAAACAAGUAGGGUAG